AUGCAAGUGCCGGUUCUCGGCUGCACUUUCCUCACGCUGUCAGAUCGUGAGGAAAGUACUGCCGAGAACCGGCAGUUGUCAGAGCGGGGAUCGGCACCGAUCAUCAGGGCACUGAUGAUCAGUGCCCUGAUGAUCGGUGCCCAGCAGUGACACCCGCAAGUUCCGCCCAGCAUGCCCCCAGCAGUGCCCCCACCUGUGCCAUUCUGCAGUGCCACCUACCUGUGCCCAGAAGUGCCACCUACAUGUGCCCAGCAGUGCCACCCACCUGUGCCCAGCAGUGCCACCCACCUGUGCCCACCAGUGCCACCCACCUGUGCCCACCAGUGCCACCCACCUGUGCCC